AUGAAACCUGAGACACUUAUCUGGUUACCAGCAGACCAAUACAGCUCAGUACACGGCAUCUGGGACGUUCAGUUCGUGUGGUGCCCGCUGGCCGUGGACAAGAAUUUGCCAUUGCAUCAGACCACAUUCAUCACCAUAGGCGGAAAGGAGCACGGAAAGUCUCGUGCACGCGUGAAGGCAAUCAGGAUGGGCUCCGACGUGGACAUGUUGGACCAACAGCAGCCACAAUACAUGGCUGCUGACAUGAACUCGACCAACGAUGGUUGGAGCUCCCAAAACUGCGCGAUGCGGCCAAAGCUUGGAGACGGAAUGAGGACACAGUCGCAGCUACCCUAUCGCCAGUUCGAACGCCAGAUACUGUUCCCGGCUCUGAGCUGGUCUACUCGGCGGCGAAGAAAGACAGCUGAUGCCGUCCCACGGACAGUCUCGGACCACGCCGUGCAACAGGCCGAGAGGAAGAUACUCUUCCCCGCCUUAGGCUGGACGGUCUGGCGCCGCAACAGCAACAUCAGCAAGAAAGCACGGAAGCCCAGGAAGGGCAGGACGAGCCCUCGAGGAGACCCUGAGCUGCCGGAGAAGCCGCCGGCGGAAUCGCCCCAGCCACCUUCACACAGGUCGGCGGCUCGCACCCCGACCGAGCGAGGCAGGACAGCCAGCGAGAAGGUCACGCCAACGAGGAAGGUGUCGCCAUCCACAGAACGAGCACUAGAGCAAGCCCAGCAGAGGCGGGAAGCCAUCGAAAAGCUUCGGGCCGCCCGACGCCAUAGCGACCAGCUAAGGGAGGCACGGUGGCCGAGGCCGCCAAACACAAACGGCCUGCACAGCUUCCAUCUGCUGUCGCCCACCCGCUCGGCGCCCAUGGAGUCGAUCCCGCACUCCCCACUCGCACCGCCGAGCCCGACUGCCGCCAGCCUGCCGGCCGACUGCUCCGAAGCCAAAAUGGUCGAAUUGCCGGAUGUUCCAGAUUCCGCGGUUCACCCCGAGUCGAGCGCUAGCACUGAAAACGCGCGUCGAUCGGGCCAUGCGCAAGAUUCCGGGUCAGUCCACAGCGAGCGGAGUGUGGAGCAAUCUGAUCUGGUAUCCGACGGGGAGACGGAUGACCGGAUCGACCGAUGGCGCUCGCAGAUCCCGUCUGUGUCGUCCGAACACGACUCCCAACGGCGGCGGUCGGGGAGGAAGUCGCGCUCGCCGCGACCGUCGUGGGCGGUGACGGCUGAGAGCGAGCUGGCUGGCUUUGGCCCUGAAUAG